CGAGACGCGUUAAUGGACACAGCAAAGGCAACGAGCUAUACAGACCAGGCCGGGCCAGCAAUUACAAUACAAAUCGGGGCUCAAUCGGCACAGGACUGUUGAGAAUAGUAUACAGCGAUCGCUGGUCGACGCGACGCGUAUAUCAAGAUCAUCAUGACCAAGUCCAAUGUGCUCGACUUGGAUACCAUGAUUGAACAGCUCUAUAAGAAGCAGCUGCUGGCAGAACCUCUGGUGGAAUUGCUCUGCACCAAGACUAAAGAGCUGCUUAUGUCAGAGUCUAAUGUGGUUCAACUACAAGCGCCAGUGACUGUAGUCGGCGAUAUUCACGGGCAAUUCUAUGAUCUCCUUGAGAUCUUCAAAAUUGGUGGAUACUCGCCGCAUACCAAUUACCUGUUUCUCGGCGACUAUGUGGACCGUGGUCUUUUCAGCGUUGAGACCAUCUCUCUCCUCACUUGCCUCAAACUGCGAUACCCAAAUCGAGUGACGCUCAUCAGAGGCAAUCACGAAUCACGCGCUGUAACACAAUCCUAUGGCUUCUACCAAGAAUGUGUCCGGAAAUAUGACGGCAGUGCACAUGUCUGGCACUAUUUUACAUCCAUGUUUGACUUUCUCACCCUAACAGCCGUCAUUGACAACCAAAUCUUUGGUGUGCAUGGCGGCUUAAGUCCCUCCAUACACACACUCGAUCAAAUAAAAGUCAUUGAUCGGUUCAGAGAAAUCCCACAUGAAGGGCCCAUGGCUGAUCUCGUCUGGUCAGAUCCAGAUGCCGAUAAGGAUGACUUUGCCAUUAGUCCGCGUGGCGCCGGUUAUACAUUUGGUGCAGCAGUUGUUAAGCAAUUUCUGCACCUGAAUGGCAUGCAUCACAUCUUGCGCGCACAUCAGCUUUGCAAUGAAGGUUAUCAAGUCUUGUUUGAUGAUCGGCUAUCAACAGUCUGGUCGGCACCCAAUUACUGCUAUCGAUGUGCAAAUAUGGCGUCUAUACUAGAGGUGGAUGAAGCUGGUGGACGCUUCUUCAACGUCUUUUCAGAAGCACCAGAGAACGAACAUGAUGGCCCAACACAGCACCAACUCCAGAGUCAGGCGCCAAAGAAGGAAGUGGACUACUUCCUAUGACCUUGCGAUGGGUGAAAGUGCCUUUCUGGCAUUCAAGAAGCGAUGGCCAAUUGUAGAUUUUGUGUCUUUCUAUAUAAUGCAUAUGUUUAGUCGAGAAAUUUGAAACUCGUU